AUGUAUUCUACAUAUGGUCAAAGAGUGUUACAUUACUACAAGCAUCUUGAUGUGUGGCUAAACCCACACAGAACGCAGUCUGGAUCUGGUGAAAAGAUGGGCUCCAAAAAGAAGGCGAAGAAGAAUGCCGAUUUCAAGAAGGUCAAGUUGAAAGUUGGCAAAAAACUCAAGAAAACUACCACAACUGAUACUACAAUUCAAACAAAGAAGGUUGUGCUUAUUUCUCAACUCGAGGAAAAGUCCGAAUCUUCUGAAAAGCCGCUCUCUUUCCGGGGUCUUUCGCUAGAUGAGUUGUGCAAGCAGCUCGGUCAUUUUAAUAAGAGCGUUCGGAGAGAUGCUUUGAUGGGAACGAAGCAGUUAUUAACUUCUCGUCCGGACCUUAUUGAGGCACAUCUGAGGACAUUGGUUCCUGCAAUAGCUCGCCUAGUUUCAGACUGUGGUCAUGAUCCUGCUUUGAACGGUCAGUUGCGAUCGCUUUUGCGCGUAAUAUGCUCAGUUUCUUCUCAUGCUAUGGCUGCCCAUUUUACUUUGUUCGUGGCACAUCUUCUUCGCGCUCUGACACAUAACGAAGCAGGGGUUCGCAACUUCUCAUUAUCAAUCAUUUCUAUGCUGCUGACUAGCUACCCUGAUCUUUGUUGCACAAGCGUUGAUCUCUUCAACUCUUUCAUCAAAUUUCUGAGCGGAUCGCGAAAACCAGCUUGGAAUUCUGCACGCUUUCUUGAGACCAUCGAGCUGUUUAUCAAGGCCUAUUCGGUGGAUAAGUCGAUGGGAAACUUUCGUUCUGAGGAAGCUAAUCUUGAUUUUUCCGCGGAAAAGCUUUCCUCUAACAUUAAUCUAUCGAGAAUAUUUUCAAAGACAAAUCCAUUCGAUUUCCCUGUAAUCACUUCUUCUGCAACUGCUACUGUAUCCCCUCUUGAGCUUCCGGAGUCAUUGCUAAGUCUUUGUGAAUGCUGCGCACCGCUUAUUGUCACGAGCUUGUCCGAAGAUAAAGCUGGAACAUUUCUUCCUACCACUAUCUCGAUCUUGACUCUGAUUGGGAAAGCUAUAUGGGCAUCAGUCAAGAAAGUGGCAAGUACGCGUAAGAGUGAAAAGAUUCGCCGUUCUACCGCAUGGUUGGAAAACUACUAG